AUGGAAGCUGCGUGGAGGAUGCUUGCGGCGAGAACACAGUGGAUUUUGAAGCUCCAGUUGCAAGCAGUUGAAGUGCCACUGUUCUCCAUGCUGGGCUUUCUGGCGGAGUUUGCUGCGCGCUUUGCUUGCCAUCCGAAGCAAUCGUCCUUGCUGCUGCACCCAGCUAGAUCUUUCCCAGUGACAUUGGCUUAUUUGGCAGGCGCGGAGAUCAGCUACAAGGUGCUGAACACAGCUCGAGUGCUGCGCCUUUGGCGCCUCUUGGCCCUUGAACGGUUCGUCCCAGCCUUCCAGGAUGUGCUACAGGUGAUCAUGAGCCGAGGAUAUCAAGUUGUGAACGUUUGCUAUGUACUCCUUUGCUUUUGGUUUCUCAUGACAACGUACAACUGGUACUUUCUCCACAGUGAGUUUCAGCUGAAGAGUGAAGAGAAGACCUUCGCAUGCUGGUACAGCAACUAUUGGUUUGCCAUGCAAUUCUCGCUCAUCCACAUGAGUGGGGACUAUCCAAUGACCGAGUACCCGGUGAAGGUGAGGGCUAUGCACAUUUGCUCUUUGUUCGUGGCUUGGGCCUUUGUCACAAUGCCAGUGGCCAUGUUGGCCGCUGCCUUCCACGACGCACUGGAAAAGCGGCGGUUGGUCGCUGCCAAGCGACGCCAUGAGGCAAUGUGCAAGAUCGUCCGCAUGCUACGGCGGGUGAUUUUGCGUCGCCGCUUCAGGCACGUGGUGGACACGGCCUUUGCAGAGCACCAGCAGCAGUUUACUCGCGUUGGUGUGGCAAGGCGCAAGUAUCCUGGUUUGGCCCAGUUACUGGGUUUCUUGAACUCCAAUGAGGUUCUUGGAUGGAAGGUCUAGGUGGAAUAUGGUGGGAUGGAGUUUUGCUUCAUAUGCGGCUCGUGAGCUCAAAAGCUCCUCAGUGGCAACCAGUGCGAUCCGUUCUAGAUUCUGGAGUUUCCUGAGAGAACCUGAGAGCCAAUAACCUUGGGUCUUCGUAUUGCUAUUGAACGCACACGUGACACACUCCAAGCUCAGGAAGUACCUCUUUGUGCCUUGGCCGCGAGAUAAAGACCCAGAGUUGUGGUGAGACUGCGGGAAGGAGUGCGGCCCCUUGCCACCUUCCUGUCUUGACUCUUGAC